CUGCUUCCGCCCUCCCUUUCCGGUUUUCCCCAAACAAGUUUAUUCUGCAUGUUUAUCUUGCCCAAAGAACGAUGACUUCAUUCCACUAAAAUCGAAAUCGAAAUCGAAAUCGAAAUCGAAAUCCAAAUCCAAAAAACUAGUGACCACAGAAAUCUGAGAAAGCGAGAAAGAGAAAGGAGAUGGUUUGUACAGAGUGAUUGCCAGUGUAAUACUCUUAUAGCGACAAGGAGAGAUAGGGAGUUAUCAAGCAAGCGAGAGAGAGACGGGGUGUAUACUUCCCCCCCUAUUUUUCCCUCUCCGAACCACCUUGUCGAACUCAUUUUCCAGAACUCAGUCGAAGCAAUACCAACCCUUGCGUACCCCACCCGGACGCCUCUGCGUGACUUGGUCGUGGAGAUCUUGGCUUGCUGCAGCUACAGGAUGAGUUCUUGCAGCUGGAGAGCUCAGGCUAGGGUUUCCGGAGCUCUUUGUUCGAGUUCGUGGCGGCCGAGCUGGUUGCGGCUGAGAUAGGGUCCGCGGUCCACGAUUUUAGUCGAAAGGCGGCUCCUUUUUUGUGUUGCGUUCGGGCAGGUGUGUGAAAAGGAGUCACUUUGCGGAGAUUCAGUGCUUAUUUGGUCGCCGUGGCCUUUUUCUUCUCAAAUGCGUGGGGCAUAGUUGGCCUCUUGAUGAUUUUCAGCCUUUGUGAGGGGUUUUGUGAAGCUGCUGCUUCUUUGAAGCUUGGAAUCAAUUGAGUUUGGGUGUUUCGCAGAAAAAAAAAGUAUAUUAUUAUUGGGAUUCAGCUUGGUUGCUUUGGUUGAGUUUCAGCAUCAGGUGAAGGAACUUUGUAGCGGUUGAGGCGAAGACUGAGCAUAUGGUUUGGCAUAUGAAAUGAAUAAGCUUCAGGACGCUUCAGGAACUUGAACCUUUUGAAUAUGCGCCUUUGUCUCUUCUUCAAAGCGGAUUCCUUGGAUUUAACUUCAGAAUUUCCUGAUAAAAAGGUUUGAGCCUGUAACCCUAGUACCAGUAUAUUGAAGCUUUCUAACACAUGGAAUUAGAAGUUCAGCUUUCUUGAUGAGGAAUCAGCUACUGGUGAAGACAUACGUUUAUAUUUCAAGUUCUGUGCCUAAAUGGAGCAUGAGAGUCAAUUUGAGCUUGCUUUGACUUCGGUUCUGUAGAUUACAAAGUACAUAAUUUUUACUAAGAGAAAAAACAAUAGUGGGUUCCUUCUAGUAGAACCAGGCCCAGUGCAACCAAUUCUCUGUGGCAAGUCGGAAGAUUAUUUUGUUGCAUCAAGUGUUUGUCUCAUGAAGUUCAUUUUUGUGAUGUGAAAAGAUCAACUCUGAUAGCAGUUUUGUAGUCUCUUACUGCAUUUGAGUUUCUUCUCAACUGCCAGAGAUGAGGCUGUCAUCUUCAAAUCUCACUGAUCAGCCACUAGAAGAAUACCUUCCUCGAGUUAUAGUCUAGAUAUCUGCAGUCAAGCUUAUGUUAUACGUAUAGGCAUAACAGCGGUAUCUAAGAAGAAUCACAGUGUCUGAAUUCAGAGUUAUGGCAUGCAUGUGCUGGACCUCUAGUGUCAUUACCAGCUGUAGGAAGUCGGGUGGUAUACUUCCCACAAGGUCACAGUGAACAGGUAGCAGCAUCAACCAACAAGGAAAUUGAUUCUCAGAUUCCCAACUACCCGAACUUACCUCCUCAGUUGAUCUGUCAGCUGCAUAAUGUUACUAUGCAUGCGGAUGUGGAGACUGAUGAAGUUUAUGCUCAGAUGACACUACAACCAUUGAGCUCGCAAGAACAAAAAGAUCCAUAUCUCCCUACAGAAUUGGGUGUCCCUAGCAAACAACCAACCAAUUAUUUCUGUAAGGCAUUAACUGCCAGUGACACCAGUACACAUGGUGGAUUUUCUGUUCCUCGUCGAGCAGCAGAAAAAGUAUUUCCUCCUCUGGAUUAUUCACAGCAACCUCCUGCUCAAGAAUUGGUUGCUAGGGAUCUUCAUGGAAAUGAAUGGAAAUUCCGUCACAUUUUUCGUGGUCAGCCAAAGAGGCAUCUUCUUACCACAGGAUGGAGUGUAUUUGUGAGUGCAAAAAGACUUGUUGCAGGAGAUUCUGUUCUUUUUAUCUGGAAUGACAACAAUCAGUUGCUUUUGGGUAUUCGGCAUGCUAAUCGACCUCAAACAGUUAUGCCCUCAUCUGUACUGUCUAGCGAUAGCAUGCACAUUGGCCUUCUUGCUGCCGCUGCUCAUGCUGCUGCUACCAAUAGCCGAUUCACCAUCUUCUAUAACCCAAGGGCAAGUCCUUCAGAAUUUGUUAUUCCUUUAGCUAAGUAUGUUAAAGCUGUCUUUCACACCCGUGUUUCUAUGGGUAUGCGUUUCCGGAUGCUGUUUGAAACUGAGGAGUCUAGUGUUCGAAGAUACAUGGGCACAAUUACAGGAAUCAAUGAUCUUGACUCUGUCCGGUGGCCAAACUCACAUUGGCGAUCUGUCAAGGUUGGUUGGGAUGAAUCAACAGCGGGAGAAAAGCAGCCUAGAGUUUCACUUUGGGAGAUUGAGCCCCUAACAACCUUUCCUAUGUACCCAUCUUCCUUUCCUCUUCGGUUUAAGCGCCCAUGGCCCACUGGACUUCCCUUCUUCCCUGGUGGAAGAGAUGAUGAUAUCGGUAUAAAUUCGCCUCUGAUGUGGCUUAGAGGAGAUGUUGGAAAUCCCACAUUUCAGUCACUGAAUUUCCAGGGUGUUGGCGUUUCACCUUGGGUUCAACCCAGAUUUGAUUCUUCAUUGGUUGGUCUACAACCUGAGAUCUACCAGGCAAUGGCCGCAGGAGCCCUUCAAGAAAUGCCGACCACGAUUCAAGCCAAGCACGAUUCUCCAGCCAUGAUUCAGUUCCAGCAACCUCAGAACACAACUAGCCGACCCAAUCCCCUAUUACCACUAGCUCAGGUCCUACAUCUGCAACCUCAAACACAGCAAUCAUAUCUUCAAACCAUCCAAGGAAGUGAACUGCAAACUCAGACUCAGUCUCAACUUCUUCAGCAUCCUUUGCAACAAAGAAAUUCAUUUGCUGAGCAACAAGAGCAGCAACAAGUUCCACAGCAUCAGCAGAAUCAGAAUCUGCAAUUGCAGACACCACAGAAUCAACAAAUUCAGCAACAGAAGGCUAUGUCUGGUUAUCAAAACCUUUCUAAUUUAUCAGCAAAUCUUCCUAAUCAUUGCUCUAGUUCUCAAUCACCAUCAACCACACCGUCCAUGGUUUCCCCAUCUUCCAAGCUGAAGGAUUUCCCCGAUUCUAAUUGUAAUUCUGUUUCUGUAUCUGCUGCUUCUCCCUUACAUAAUAUUUUGCAUCAGUUUACAAGAGAAGAAGCAUCGCAGCUUAAUUCGCCAAGGUAUGCUCAAGUAGUUAAUUCCAGUCCAUGGUCAUCAAAGAGAAUUGCAGUUGAAUCUAUACUCCCUUUAGGAGCUCAAAGUGUGCUUUCACAGACAGAACAGCUAGGUGCAGCACAACCUACUGCAUCUUUACAAUGUGUUACAUUACCAUCAUUUCCCGGAAGGCAAUGCUCAAUGAAUGAUGUUGGUAACAUGGACAACCAAAUCCAGCAUUUGUUUGGUGUCAGUGUCAACUCAUCACUCUUGGAACCAAAUGGCAUUUCAAGCCUCAGCAAUGGUGAGAAUGAGACUGAUUCAAUGAGCAUGUCUUACUCCGCAUGCAAUUUAUUGAGUUCCUCUGGAAAUGAUUUCUCUUUCCAUCAACCUAUGGGCACUUCAAAUGUUUUAGAUGAAUCUGGAUUUUUGAGGACCACUGAGAAUAUGGAUCAAACAAAUACACAGAGUGGAACAUUUGUUAAGGUUUCAAAAUCAGGGUCAUAUGGGAGAUCAUUGGACAUUACCAGAUUUAGCAGCUACCAUGAAUUGCGAAGUGAGCUUGGGCAUCUGUUUGGCCUAGAAGGCCAAUUGGAAGACCCUUUGAGAUCAGGCUGGCAGCUUGUAUUUGUUGACAAGGAGAAUGAUUUUCUUCUUGUCGGCGAUGAUCCUUGGCAGGAGUUUGUAAACAAUGUCUCGUGCAUAAAGAUCCUUUCACUUGAAGAAGUGCAACAUAUGAGCAAACAAGGUGUAGAUCUGGCGAAUUCAGCUCCCAUGACUAGGCUUCAAAGUAACAACUGUGAUGGCUUUGUCAGUCGGCAGGAUGCAAGAAACAUUGGCACCAGGAUCACAUCAGUGGGGACCUUCAAAUACUGAAGGCACCAUCCUCUCUUCCCAUUAUCUAGAUACCUCCCUGGCCAUUAUUUUUGUUGCAUUUAGGAGAUGUGACUGAGUGUUUGUCUACUUGAUUUGUGUACCUUUAAUGAUUGUAACCUAAAUGAUAUGUGCUCAGAACCUUGAUACACAUGCCAAAACUCUACUUUCUUAAGACUCAUUAAGCUAAUGCAGGCUAUCCCAUUAUUUUGUUUUGUCA